AUGCCGGGAAUAAGAAGUCCUGGCAGCUGCUUGGAAACAAGCAGUGCGAAUUCAGAACAGCGGCAGUCGCCUCAGAGAGCUACCACAAGCACUACCUCUAGUAGAAGGGGUGCUUAUUGGAGCGACAGCGAAGUGAACAAGCUGGUCCAGUUGGUCCAGCUGCACAAAACUGAAAAAGGGCGAGUACGGUGGGAUGACCUGAGCUCUGCUUGGGAAAGCUCACGCAGUACGAACGACCCGCCAAGAAGUAAGGAGGCCCUUAGGGGCACUUACGCAAGGCUCGUCAAAAGACGGGGACGAGCCACGCCAAUAGAGCUGGGAGACGCGGCUGAAUUACUAACUUCAAGUCAUUCUGGCAGCCUGUUUUCGAACAGGACUGAGGUGACUUUCGAAACUCAGCCAAAUGGAGGACCUGAAAACAUGGUCCCUAGUGAAGCGUCGCCCGAAGCAUCUAUUGAUCUAAGUACUAGGUUUGCUGUAGAUGCGGUGGAUCAAGUAACAUCGAGUCUUGGUAACUACUCAGUUCUGAGUAGCAUUGUAGAGGCUCCCGAUACUCCACCGGAUGAGAGUUCCCUAAAAACUGACCUGGCUAACCAGGACAGUCAGCAGGGUGGAGUGGAGCCUGUCGAGCAUAUCGAUGAACGGUCAACUAGUCCUAAUGGUGACUCGGAAACGAGCCAACCUGAUAGGACUCUCGGCGAUAAGCUCAGAGAGCGAUUCGAUGCCUACUACAAGGCAGCCAAAGAGUCGCAUGACAGGCAACCAAUAAGAAGGCCCAAAGGAGAAAUACCUGAGGGCAUGCUCCAGCUCGCAAAUGAAAUCCUUUCAGAGAAGCUGGGGCACACUAACUCCACCAAUAAGCGCACACUGACAGCUUUGAACGCUGCAGUGUAUGCCAUCGCCAAAGCCAUCACAACGAUCCUGUUGGACGGCGAGGCUGAAAAGGCGGGUAAAACUCACCAGAAACUGAGAGAGGCGAAAGCACUGAGAGACACCCUCGUGAGUGUCGUCUCGACGCUAUCGCACGAACUCAGGAGAAGAAGUGGAAAUGCUCCGGGACCUCCUAGUGAACAGUACCGGGUCAUUUCCCGAAUACAAAGAGUCAAUACAACCGUGGACAUUCAGCGACUCCGGAUAAGAUUCAAGGAUCAGCUGAAGGUUGUAAACUCUGAAAUCAAAACAAUAGAGCAAGCCCUAAGACGCCAGCGAGAAAGACAGCGGGGAUACCCUGCUGUAGCUAGGGAACCACGCGAAGGGGAAGCUGAUGUACCGGUUGCGGAAGUGCGCGAGCACUGGAAAUCUAUCAUUGGAGAAUCGCAACCUUUCCAUCCGUCAGACGACCUUCAAGCGUGGUCUCGCUCGGUGCAAAGAGGCGAAAAUAGAGCCGCUGUAGACCUGUCCGAGGAAACUUGGGCGAAGAUAUUCGCUAAGAUAAAACCUUGGAAAGCAACAGGACCCAGACGGCAUACAGGGCUUCAAUACAUGCUACAAAGUCCUGACCUGCCAUGGUAUUGCGGACGUCAAAAUGGCAAAAUGGUCAAGAGUGAACCGUUAGGGGUCAGAAGAGGAGUGAUGCAAGGGGAUACCCUCAGCCCGCUCCUCUGUAUGGCAAUAGCUCCUAUAUCGGCGUGGCUACGUAACAACGUUAGCCCGUGUGGGACUUCUACUGGAGCUCUGACUUUGCCAGAAGGACCUCCAGAGGUCAACCAUCUCUUCUUCUUCACGGGAGAGUUAGGACUUCGAAUGAAUCCCAGCAAGUGUGCUGUGAAUUCACUGAACCACCCCCCCCCGCCACUGGUCACAACACCUGGGAUGGAUGAGAUACCUGUCCUAGGUUCAAGUUCGCUCUACAAGUAUUUAGGAGCAGAACAAGAACGCUCUUCCGUGAUGGCUGAAAACAGGUUGGAGGAUGAAGUGACUCGCAUUGCUCAAGCUUCUAUUCAAGUGAAAGAUCGAACAUUCGCAGCGGCUACUGAAGCCGCAAGAGCAAUAUCUACCCUCGUUCACGAACGGUGGGCGCGAACGCGAAUGCAUGAAUGGAAGCAAAGAGUGGUAGCGAGCAGUAACAGACGGACGGAGACGGAUGAGCAACCAUACGUCUGUCACAAGGAUUCGUUCUUGUGGUCACAGACCGGAUGGGUGUCCUCUGAAGUCUUACGAAACGUUUGGGCUGCCCAAGAGGCUUCUCUGCCGACAAGAGCCAUCGGGACAAUCGUGGGUGAAUAG